UCCAGGCAUCAUGUACAUCAUGAUUUCGGCCUUCAGCGCUACAGCAGCGAGGCGAAACACUUACUUGUUAAGUUACAGUCAAGCAUACCACAUCUUCAAGCACUGCCCUGCGAUGACGUGACAGUUCUGUCCCGCGAUUGUCACUCUCCAUGACUUGCCUUUCACACGGCGUGGUUGCGGUCGACGGCAAUCGAAGCUGCAAUGUACUAGCCUUUCCUCAAGCCUUCAGCUUCAUCCCGGCGGCAUGUCGCUCAAGGCCAAUUCUAUAUUCACAGACCCGGAGAUCCCUAGAGCCCCUCCUCCUGAUCUCACCGAUACUACCUCAUUCGAGGAGGUUCUACAUUUCAUAUACGGUAUCCCAGACUACGCCAAGAAGUCUCGCCGGCGGGAAAGCGUUGAGGCGGGUUGGCCAACAAGAAGACAUACCCACCCGAGUCUCUCGCGCUCCCUUUCCGGGCGCAUCCCGUUCGAAGUGGUUGAGUUGAUCAUGGACAUAAUGUCCCAGGGGAGCCUCGCCUACUGCGCAAUGGUCUGCCGGGCGUGGCACCAGGCAAGCAUGCGUGUCCUCUACAGAGAUAUCGCCAUCUCUAGUCGUCCGGCGUUCGACUCCCUGGUGGCCUUCGCCUACAAGGACGCUCGUGCUCCCGAAUGCUUCGCACAGACCGUCGCAUUGCGGGUCGAUGGGCAGCGGGACGUCUUCGCGCAUGCCAUUCCUCUCAUCUUCGCGCCGCUCAUGCCCCACCUGCGCAGGCUGGUGUUCUACACGUCGCUACACCCACUCAUGCACCCGAGCUUCUUCAACACACUGUCUCUCUUCAGCGCUGUGACCACUUUGGAACUGUUCCGGUUCAGGCUCCGCUGCUUCAGCGAGCUGCGGCAGAUCAUCUGCGCAUUCCCGCAGCUCAAGUGCUUCAAAGUCGGCGUCGGCGUAUUCGAGACGAACCUGCCGCUCGCGCCUGUUGUACACCCAACGCGGAUACGCUUGGAGCAGCUCGUCUUAGGCUGGGGCCUGACGCCUGCAGUUAUCAUCCCGCUCGUGCGGUGGCUCGCCGGGUCUUGCGCCUGCGCCACUCUCAGCCAUCUCGCCAUCUGGCGGAGCCCCUUCAACAUGUCGCUGCAAGUCAAUGUGCUUCUCGAGGCUGCCGGAAAAGCGCUGUUAUCUUUACAUGAGAUGGAUCUCCACUCCGAUGACGACCUAGGCCUCGAGUUUCUGUGGCCCUCGGUUCACCAAACUCCUCACACAGGUCCGUCCUCACGGAGUGAGAUUGCGCUGCUUGCAGAUAGCAUCGACACGCAUUGCACGUUUGCACACAGCCCAAACCUGCAUACCAUACGAUUCGAAUUGCGCCCCUGUGCUCUGGACGACGAGCCACGCGAGAAGUGGCAUCUCGUACUAGAGGAGCUGGAAUCCGUACUCAGGACAGUACGCAGCCCCGACCUGCGGUGUAUCAAGAUCCACCAGACGACACGACUGACCGGGAGGUUCUCCCGGCUCAGUACGCGACCACAUCUCUUCUACGCAGACUUGGAACCGCGCACAUUGACCCCGCUCCAUCGAGCGAUGACACAACCUGUGUUCGGAAACUUAACGUCGGUCGAAUUCUCUGUCGACGUGGACUACAGUGCAUGGGAGUUCCUCAACUCGGAGGGAACUGUGGCCAUGGCUGCACAGAAGCUCUCCGAUGGAAUAUCGCGACUGUUGGCUCCGUGGAACGUUCGUGGGCUGGUCACUGUAGUCCAGAAGAGGAAUCCAAUAUAUUACACUACUCACCGACAAUACCUCUCUAUGAGACACCUCCUCAUCCUUCCUCUUAGGCACUCCGGCCUCCCAUAGCCCGAGGUGAGUCGGUGAUUAAGCAUUUAUGGACCUUCAUUCGGGCGCUUAUGUUCACAACAUUCGCGGACCGCA